AGACGUAACAGCGUUUUAUAAGACGCUUUGAACGUACGACAUUUUGAUUUUCAACAAAGUGUCAAAGCAUGACCGAGCUAGAAAUUUCGGUUUUAUUUUUCCUGGUUCUCAUGUUUAGUCAAACAAUUUGUUCGGCUUCUUAUAAUGGAUCGAUAUCAACUGUGAGAAGCGUGUCAGCGAUCACAUCAACUCACCGACAAUAUUUGACAGAGAGCAUUGACAGAGAAAAUGGCGUCGAUGACAGGGAAGAUUUUGUUGGUGGUGCCAAUAUUGGCGGAAACAAUGCAAGCACAAGCCUUCGCAGUAAUAGAGAUGAAGGAAGGGCAAUAGAAGCUACAGAACCACAAAUAUCAACAACAGCAACAACAACAACAACAACAAAUGUGAAAAUCAACCGAAACGGCAAUAUUGCAAAAGAGAAGUCGUCCAAACUGGAGAAACCAAUAUUUGGCGUAUUGCUAUUUCUCGGUUCGAUAUUCAUUUUGGUUGUAGGAGUUCUUCUGGAAAUUUCUAAUAGAUACAAGCAGAAGGAAGAAAAAGCAUCUCUGAAAAAAUUUGAUGAAAAAUAUACGCUUUUGUAAAUAAAUGUUCCCUAAGACA